AUGACUAUGACAGUCUUUGACGGGUAUUAUAAAGACUAUGACCAUGCCCGACAAGAGGCAUUCCAAGCCAUUGAUGAGUACAAGCACACUUCGAAUUCCACUGAGCGUGAACACUUGGCGGUGACUGCAAAAAGUAACAUUGAUGAAGUGGAGCGAUAUAUACGCAUUUUGGAUAAUGAAGCUAAGGUUGAGUCGUCUCCGACAAAGAAGAGGAAAAUGAUGGAGAAGGUGCACCAUUGUAGAACCAAAUGGACUAGAUUGAAAAGUUCGUUGGAGAAGGAAUUGUUAGCGAACGAUGUCCGAGCAGGGAAAUCGUCCAUGGCAUCCGUUGAGGAUGCGACCACGGUAGAACAACUUGAAAGUUGCACUGAACGUGUCGAAAGAACUGGACGUCAUUUAGAAGAUGCACAGCGUAUUCUCGCCCACACGGAAGCAAUCGCGGAGAAUGUUGCUAACAACUUACUUCAGCAACGGAAUCAACUGGAGCACACGGAGCUGAAUAUUGCACAAACGCAAGAUGACACUAUGGAAGCAAAACGCAACAUCCCGCUCGUCACUGCCAUCGUUCUAGUGUCGUAUUUCAAGUGGUACCCACGUGACCAAAAGGACUACCUGGGCAUUUUGCCUAACUCUAGCAACUCCAGCUCCUCUACUAAUGGUGAAGAUUUCCAAUGA